UGUAUUAAUUAACUUAUAAUAAAUGCGCAUUGUAGAGCAUGCAGUAAAAUAAGCCCUAUUGAAGAGACAAGCAAAUAUUCAACGGCAGACGUCCACCAGCUCUCAUCAAACAUUGAUAAAAUACAAGAGGAGUUGAAGAAACUGACAGACAAAGCAGAAUGCAAUCUUCUGUCCCUUGAAGGGACGUACAAGCGAAUUAAGGAAGAGAUCGACACAGUGCGACAGAAAAUAAAUACAGAUUUAGAUCGGCUAGAGAAAGCAACGAUGCAAGAAGUGGACAAAUUGAUUGCUAGCUCUACUAUAUAUAUAACUAAAGAAAUGGAUACUUGUAACAGCAUUGAAGAAAGUCUGUUAUGUCUCAGUAAAGCGGUCAAUGAAGUUUGCAACAAAAGCAGUAAGCUUCUUUUUAUAGCUUUAGAAAAAUAUCAACAGCAGAUAAAGGACUUUGAAUUAUUUCUAAAAGAGUCGAAAAAUACAUAUGAUUAUGGUAUACAAUUCGCACCCAGUAUCGACUUUGAGAAGUAUUUAUUUCAAUUGACAGGUCUGGGGAAAGUUGUACAUCCAAAUAAGGCCAUUUUGCUGCAGAGAAAGUCAGAGAAAAUGUCGCUUUCUGGGUCUUUUUAUGCAAUCUGUGAGCUUCCUACUGGUGAGACGCUUGUACUAGACUAUAGCAAUAAUAAGGUGACAUUGUUAGACAAUAAAUACCAAUGUUUGAGCUGUUUGAGUGGAUUGUCUUCAUAUUUAUAUGAAAUGUGUCUGAUAUCUUCAAGUGAGGUCGUUGUUACCAUGAAUGAGAACAACAUUGAUGACGGUCUACACUGUCUACAGAUGAUCAAUACCAAGAAUGACAGGUUGGAGAUGGGAAGGAAGCUUCAGCUGACGCACAGGUGUGUUGGUAUUGCCCACCAUAAGGAUGAUCUGUAUGUAACUAGCGGUACAGCUCUGAAUCAGUACACUCUGACUGGAACACUUGUAAAGAAACUGUACGAGGACAAAACAGAUUCUAAUACAGUGUACAAAUGUUCUGUGAACCUCAUGGGCGACAAGAUCUACGUCACCAACAUGGACAAACACACACUCCGUACACUGGCCAUAGAUGGAACAGUUAUCUCCACCUUUUCUGACCCUGACUUAAAUAAUCCACGGGGUGUUCAUGUGACACCUGGUGGACAAGUGCUCGUUUGUGGCUAUGCAUCAAACACGAUUAUACAGGUGGACAGCCAGGGGAAGAAUAAGCUGGCCACACUAGCUACUCAGAAGGAUGGUGUAACACGGCCAUGUUCAGUCUUCUUCAGUUUCAGCACUGAUUCAGUGCUCGUGGGAAUAGAACAAAACGUCAUAGUUUUUAAAGAAACAUAGUCAGCGACAAAACCAUUCAUGAAAUAGGAUAGAAAAGAUAAUGUAAGGAUUUACAGUAUCCUAUUAAUGUACUCAUGUUGAUUGGCAAUUCGGCACAACAUGCAGUACGUUUAGAACGUGAUGUAAAUAUGCUUUAUAUAAAAAUUAACAACUUUUUUAAACAUAUAUUUUGCCAAAUUAAUGUAAACAGGUUAUUUUGGAAUUCUUUUAUAGCAAGAAAUACUGAAAAAAAAAACACGACGUUUAAAUUCCAUACGUGAACGUUCUUAAAGGGGCCUUUUCACAGAUUUUGGCGUGUUUUGAAGUUUGUCAUUAAAUGCUUUAUAUUGAUAAAUGUAAACAUUGGAUCUGAAAAGCUCCAGUAAAAAAUCAAGAAUAAAAUUUAAAAAAGGAAACAAAAGUAGACCGCAUCAGGGCUCGAACCAGUGACCCCCGGAUUUCUGGAGUAAAAACCCAUAAGACCGCUCGGCCAUCCUGCCAAGUAUAUAUGAAUGACGUGUUUUAUACUUUAUUAAUGCAUUCUUCGUAGUUUCACAAAAUUAAACGACUAUACCAGAACUCUCCAAAUAAUUCAAUCGUUUCGCGUUGCUAAGCUUUAUAAUUUUCAGGUUUUUAAAUCGUCAACAGAUGCAUAUAAUGGCUAUAUAAGACCAUGAUAAAUGUUCAGUAUUACUGUUACCUCACAAUGUCAUAACUAAAACGAAAAUCUGCGAAUCUGAAAGAACUUUUUUCAAUUUUGUCAAUUUACCAAAACGUGAAAAGAUCCCUUUAAAUGGAGAAAUAUAUUGACCAGUGUCGUUUGUACUUUUAAAAUGUUAGCAGAAACAAAAACAUUCACGUAUACCGCUGCAUGCUUUUAUUAAAUAAAACGCUUUAUACAUUUAAGUAAACGUUCCGAAUAUUGUUUUCAUUUACGAGCUUUAUGUAAUUCUGUUUUUCAUUACCGUACUUUAUUUGAGUAUUGUGUUUUUAACGUACUUUUAUUUGAUUCUCAUUUUGGUUAACGUACUUGAUUCGACACUUGUUAAAAUUCACGCUCUUUAUUUGAUUCUUGUUUAGAUGUACAUUCUUUAUUUGACUCUCGUUUCCAUUUACGUUCUUUAUUUGAUUGUUCUUUUUAUAUACGUACUUUAUUUGAUUCUUGUUAAAAUUUAUGUGUUUUAUAUGAUUCUUGUUUUCAUUUAUUUAACUGUUUUUAAACAGAAAUUGUGGAGUGCCAUGAGUAUUUAUGACUGCAUAUUAUUUCAUGUAAAAAUAUGUUGCUUCUGUAUUUCAUGUAAAUUUCCAUUUAUUUAAUAUUUUAUGAAUGUUUGCUGUGAUUAUUACAUAUUUCAAUAUGGCAAAAAACUCUUAUUUAUAUUUUAUUACUUUCAGCUUUGUAUUUUGAAGUGUCUUCGCGUAUUAGAUGUAAGCAUAAUGUCAACGUAAAUUUGUAUGAUAUACAUUGUUAACUGAUCAUUAUCUGAUACCAUUGUGGUUUUGAAGACUGUACAAGACAAUUAAUUAAGUGAGUGCGUAUAGCAUAUGGGUAAACGUAUAUUUAACCCAUUCUAACUAAUAAACACUAUCCAUACAGCAUGCCAUUGCGUAUAUUUUAAUCUCCAAAUAGGAGGGUAGCAUAAAUUAGCCGCGCUUUGUCUGUCCGUCAGAAUUUUAAUUUAAUGGAAUUUAGAAAUAACACAAUUUGCGCGAUAAUCAUUCCUUUAUUACUCAAUGUCGGCCUUUUCGUCACAUAUUUCGUUGUAUCGCGAUGCCUUAGCUGCUAAAAGGGUUGAAAUGUACAUAUUUUAGGUCGUUUCGCUCCAACACGCGCAAAGACAAUCUCCCCGCUCUGACCAUAAAUGGAGAAGUUUUCUCCAUCUUUACUGACUCUGAGCUACAAGACACAAGGUGUGUACACCUGCAGUGGACAAAAAUGGCAGACGUAAGCUGUCGGCAUUAGUUAUAGAGAAGGUCGCAUUGAAAAGACCAUGUUUGGUCUGUAACUAUAUGUUACUAUAUGUAAAAAUAUCGUUGCACAUGUAUUGCUUACUGCAAUUAUCCUUUUUUGACAUGCUAUUAAUGUUUGCAGAGGGUAAUCUGCUGCAUUUAUUGAUUUCUGCAACGAUUUUUGAUGAAUUCCAAUUUUUUAUCUAUAUAUAUUGACAAUAUUUAACGCUUAUCAUUAUUUCCUCAUUUGCCUUUUGACGACUUGACACGAACAACGAUAGUGAAAUUAAGUAUGUAUAAUUUGCAGAUCAAUAUUAGUUGUUAUUUCGCUAAAAAGUAUCUGUAUUAAAUCUAUUGAAAUAUCAUGUAAUUGUAUAAAUAUUUUCUCUACAAUGUAAUCUUAAAUA